AUGGCAUCAAACUAUCGUUUUACGAAGUUUCAGAGCAUUUCCCUACUCUUCUUAUCGCUUUCAUGCAUUGCAUACGCUCAGAAUGGCGAAGAAACCAAAGCUGACGUCCUGGAUCUUGUCGAUCCGCUCAUCGGAACCGCCAAUGGAGGACAUUCUUUCGCCGGAGCUACUCUUCCAUUCGGCAUGGCCAAAGCUGUAGCCGAUACCCAAGGAGAAAACCAAGGCGGGUUUGCAUACGACACAACGAAGGUCACCGGGUUCUCUCAUAUGCAUGAUUCGGGAACUGGGGGUGCAGCUUCUUUGGGCAAUUUUCCCAUUUUCGUCCAUCCCAGUUGCCCGGAAAAUGAUUCGAGCAAAUGCAAAUGGCAGCAGAACGACAGAGCAACAGUAUGGAAGAAAGACUCCCCCAAAUCCAGGCCUGGGUAUUUUGGCAUCAAGCUGGAAAAUGGUGUCCAUGCUGAAAUGACCGUUACCAAUCGGUCGGCUCUGUACCGCUUCAGCUUUCAGGAUGUUUCCGAGCCACUCAGUCCGAUUGUUCUUGUUGACUUAAUGGAUCUUCCGCAAUCGCGAUCGAAAGGCGCCGCCUCGGUGGAUGGGUCUACUGGGAGGCUUACUGGAAACGGCACGUUCAAUCCCAGUUUUGGACAGGGGACCUAUGAUCUACACUUUUGUGUCGACUUUAAAGGGGCCGCGGUUCGCGAGACAGGAUCGUGGAAUAGGAAUUCGGUGGUACCUGACCAAAACACCAUCUUGAUUGCAGAAGGAAGCGCUGUACGCACGGAUUCGGCUGGUACGUAUACACGAUUCGAUGCUACAGAAACGGACAGUUCUAUUCUUGCCCGGGUGGGUGUAAGCUUCAUUAGCGUGGAACAAGCCUGUGGGAAUGCGGAGAAAGAGCAGCCUGACUUCGACUUUGACGGAACUGUUUCUGCUGCAGAGGACGCAUGGAGAGACAAAUUGAACGUCAUCAGUGUCGAUGCGGGUGGAGUUUCAACUGAUUUUCAGAAGGUUUUCUGGAGUGGGAUCUAUCGCACCAUGAUCAGUCCUCAGGACUACACCGGAGAAAAUCCCUUGUGGCAAAGCGAUGAGCCGUACUAUGAUAGCUACUACUGUAUCUGGGACUCAUACCGCGGUGUUCACCAGCUCUUGACGCUGAUGGACCCGUCCUCUCAGUCCUUGAUGAUCAGAAGUCUAAUUGAUAUUUACCGUCACGAGGGAUACCUCCCCGAUUGCCGCAUGUCGCUUUGCAAGGGUUGGACGCAAGGCGGCUCCAAUGCAGAUGUUUUGAUCGCCGAAGCUUACCUGAAAAAGGUGGAGAACAUCGACUGGGACACCGCAUAUGAAGCCGUCGUUAAAGACGCGGAAGUCGAACCCCCGAACUGGGAUGUGGAAGGGCGAGGAGGCCUUCGCAGCUGGAAAAGUAUUGGCUAUAUCCCCAAAAAUGAUAUGGACACAGAAGGCAGGGGAUUGCGCACGCGGAGCGUAUCUAGGACUCUUGAGUACGCAUACAACGACUUCUGUAUCGCAGAGAUGGCCCAAUCGAUGGGCCAUGAGGAUGACUACGAGAAGUACACACUACGUGCGUCCAACUGGAAGAAUGUUUUCAAGAAGGACCAGAAGUCAUACAUCAAAGGCGUGGAUACCAAUUUCACCGGCUUUGUUCAGCCCCGACUUCCCAAUGGGACAUGGGACUAUCAAGAUCCCAUACUCUGCAGUCCUCUUAUGAACUUUGAUUCGUGCUACUUGAAUGCCAAUGGUCACGAAACCUAUGAGGGCAGUUGCUGGCUUUAUACAUUCUACGCACCACAGGACAUGGGCUCGCUGAUCACAACCCUCGGUGGCCCAAAGAGCUUCACUGCGCGGCUAAACUAUCUCCACGAAUCCGGAGUCCUGUAUGUCGGCGAUGAGCAGGCCUUCCUCACUGUCUUCCAAUAUCACUACGCAGGCCGACCCGCUCUUUCAACGAAACGAGCGCAUUUCUACAUUCCUUCUCAAUUCAAUACAUCCGUCUCCGGAAUCCCCGGUAAUGAUGACGGCGGCGCCAUGGGCUCAUUCGCAGCAUUAAGCAUGCUAGGCCUAUUUCCUGUCCACGGACAAGAUGUCUACCUAAUCAGCGCGCCCUUCUUCAAGGAAAUCAGCCUCCGAAACAAAGUUACCGGGAAGAUGGCCACAAUUCGGAACAUUAAUUUCGACUCCAGCUAUAAAGCGAUCUACAUUCAGACCGUCAAGCGGGAUGGGAAGCCGUGGACGAAGAAUUGGAUCGGGCAUGACUUUUUUGCCGAGGGGGGUGUCUUGGAGUUGGAGCUGGGUGCGAAGGAAAGUGCAUGGGGAACGAAGAUUGAGGAUCUGCCUCCUAGUAUGAGCGAGUAUCAGUGGUAG